AGCGCUAAGACAUUCACUAACAACUGCUGGCGUGCGGCACCCGUUUCGGCAGAGUGAUUUAUUUUUUUUCCUCCCCCUCUUCCUCCUCCUCCUCCUCUCCCUCCCGUCCGUCCGUCCGUCCGUCCUCGACCCAGCUCUUUUCUUCGUUGUGAGGUCUCACACACACACCCCACCAAGCCGGCAUGUCUGCGAAGCCCAGCGAGGAGCCUGGUUCGGAGGGGACGUGGUUCGGGGAGGACCUCGACCAGCCCGACCGCUGCGGGGGGACCGUGCCCCGGUUCGGCGGGGCGGGUGCGGACCCGGGGGUGGACCAGAAGCAGGAGAUCUGGAAGGAUGAUGCCAGCGAGCAGAAACAGCCACAGCAACCUGACGGCAGCCGGCAACAACCCCUUGUUGCCAUGGAAACUGCAUCUACAGGGGGAAAUUCAUCAGUGUUUGGGAAAUCAACAGCACGAGGUGAUCCUAUUGAUCUGCUCAGGAAGUCAGUGGGGGAGGAUGGGGAUCUCUACACCACUCUGCUCUCCAACCAGAGCUACUCCUUCCAGCAGGACACCUCCUAUUUCUCCGGGGACCUGAGACAGGGGGAUAAGGCCGAGGUGGAACAGUCCAACAAGCCGGGGGAGCUGGGAGAGCCGAGGGACCGGAUACCGAGCUUCGAGUCGCAGGGCCUGUUCAGCUCCGACUCGGGGAUCGAGAUGACCCCAGGAGAAUCUAUUGACGUGGCCAAAAACCUCAUGGAUUCGGAGAAGAUGGGGGCCUACAACUAUAUGGACAUCCGCUCUUCUGAGGCCCCGGAGACACAGCAGCGGCAGCCGCAUGCAGAGUUGCUGCAGGACAGCUGGACGGAGAAGAGUGCGAGUGGAAGGGACGUCACACCCCACAUGCUGACGAACCUAGGGGAUUACUCCGAGAAAAGCCCACCCGUGACCGCCGAGACCCUGGGGCCCGCGCUGGACAAGCACCCCUGCCCCUUUGUGGAGGAUCCUUCUGACGAGGAGCUGUCCGACUAUCAGUCCUCCUGGGCCCCAGGCACACCGCAGGCCGCCAGCCCGGUGAAGAUCACCCUCACCCAGUCCGCCGCCCCCCCGCCACCGCUGUCCCCCCAGGUCACCGUGUCGGAGAGGGAGAGCAUUCUGAGCCUGGGCCUGGAGGGCGUGCCCACCGUCACCCUCUCCGAGCCCGAGGACGACAGCCCCGGCUCCUCGACACCCCCUCUCACAGAGGAGUCCGAGUCCCUGUCUGAAGUGUCAUUCCAGGCCGGCGGGGGGAAGCCAGUGAGUGCACUGGAGUCCCAGCCCCAGGGUGCCGCCACCGCCACCGCCCCCCCGCCCUGGGCCACCCCCUCAGAUGAGCCGGGGUCCCCCAAGCCCCCUGCCUCGCCCCCACUGCCGUCUGCGCAGGACCACGAGGCCAGCAGCGCGGAGUCGGGCGACUCGGAGAUCGAGCUGGUGUCCGAGGAGCCGCCGGCCCCCGUGGAGCUCCCGGGCUCGGGGUACAUGAGUUUCGGGCUGAUGGGCGGCCCCCCGCCUUCGCCCGCGUCGCCCUCCAUCCAGUACAGCAUCCUGCGUGAGGAGCGAGAGGCCGAGCUGGACAGCGAGCUCAUCAUCGAGUCCUGCGACGCGUCCUCCGCCUCCGAGGAAAGCCCCAAGAGAGAGCAGGACUCCCCCACCCUGAGGGCCCGCGGGCCCGCGGAGAGCCGGCUGGCCGAUUCCCCCUCCCGCCACACGGACACCUUGGCCCCCUCCGCGGGCCCCCAGCCCGGCCCCCCGAGAGACAAGCAGGCCGGCGACAAGAACAAGGGCUUAACGCACCCCGAGGACAGUGCCGCGGCCCGCAUCAAGUCAAAGCCCCCUGCCGGGCUCCUGGCCCCCGAGGGGCAGGUAGAGCACCCCGUCCCCGACGAGAAGGGGCCCAGGAAGACGUCCCAGAGCCGAGCGGGGGAGGACCAGAGAGAAUCCGUGAGGGAUGUUGCCGCUGACAGGACAGGGGCCAUCGCAUUCCUGCAUGGCCUCGACAGACAGAAAGCCAUCGACCUGCUGUACUGGCGGGACCUGAAGCAGACGGGCAUCGUGUUCGGCAGCGUGCUGCUGCUGCUGUUCUCCCUCACCCAGUUCAGCGUGGUCAGCGUCAUCGCCUACCUCGCCCUCGCUGCCCUGUCCGCCACCAUCAGCUUCAGAAUCUACAAGUCCGUGCUACAGGCGGUGCAGAAGACUGACGAGGGGCACCCGUUCAAGGCCUACCUGGACGUGGAGAUCUCUCUGUCCCAGGAGCAGAUCCAGAAGUACGCGGACAACGCGCAAGCCUACGUCAACAGCACCCUGAAGGAGCUGCGCAGGCUCUUCCUGGUGCAAGACCUGGUGGACUCCCUAAAGUUUGCAGUUCUCAUGUGGCUGCUGACGUAUGUAGGAGCUUUGUUCAAUGGCCUGACGCUCCUCAUCAUGGUUGUGGUGUCCAUGUUCACUAUGCCUGUGGUCUAUGAGAAAUACCAGGCACAGAUCGACCAGUAUCUGGGACUAGUGAGGACUCACGUUAACUCAGUGGUUGCAAAGAUUCAAGCCAAAAUCCCAGGAGCCAAGAGGAAGGCGGAGUAGAGCCCCAGGCAGGCGAUCAGUCCCGGGAGGAAGAGCGAGCCGGAAGGGGAGUGGAUGAGGAGCCCACACGCUACCGGCCAGUGGUACCGUGUGCCAGCGCCUUGGCGAGCCGAACAAACCGCAGCACCGGAGAAGCCCCCCCCCGCCUCUAUAACCUUAGAGUAACUUGCAAUCACUCACGUCAAGCACUCAAGUCUAGUAAGGGAAUAAAAAGAAAAAAAAAAAGUACUAGAUGUGUUAUUUUGUGUUGCUUAUGAAGUGCAUGUCAAGAGUCUUGAGUAAUAUUUGAUAUCUUUUAAGUGUUUUUUUCUGCUACUUUUUUAGCAGUGCUGAUGAGUUUAGAUGUAACCUGUGACGAAGGCUUUUCCUGCUUUAGUGCGCUGCUGCGAUAGUUUAAAUUGCUUCUAUGUCACUAGGUUGCAGGUGGGGCUUCUCUUUAUAUAUAUAUAAAAAAUAGAAUUGUGGACUAAUGUUUUUUUUGGUGUUUUCCAGCACAAAAUAAUUAAACUAUGUACUGAUUAGGUAUGGUAACUGUAGCAUUUGGUUUUGUAUUACUAUAAGGAACUACACAACUCAUGUUUUUAAGUACUGCUGUUGAACUACUAAAGGGAAGAAGGAAUCUUGAGACUGCUGGCUUGUUUAACCUGUCCAACUUUGUAAAAUGUUCAAUGUAGUUCUUUUAUUAGUCAUGGACUCAACUAUUUGCACUCAUGAUGUACUAAUUAAUGAAUGCGAAAAUAAAUGUUCCUAAAUGUAUGCUGUUCCUCUAUUUUCGCAUCAUUGGGGGAAGUGCCUGGUGAAACCAAACUAUUGUGAGUAAGAUUAAAAAAAAA